AGGGAGAGAGAGACAGAUGAGGAGGGGGGAUGGGGCACGUCUUUGUAUAGCAGGAACGAGGCUUCAUCAGACAGACACCCAGAUAGAGAUACCCAAUAUUUGUAUGAUAUGCACACUGAGAGACGGAGGCAUCUGCCAGCGUGAGAGGGUACGCAACCAGACAGCAUCUGCAGGGUGAGCGUGCAGGAUCUGCGCAGCUGAGACGUCCCCGGACCUGAGGGAGACAGCCGGCAUCACCACCUAGGCAGCAGGACAGGAGGAGAGGACAGGACGGGCGCAUCCGAGAGAAUGGAACACACCCUGCUCCUUGCGAGCUGCGUCCUGCUAUUGAGUGCCCAGUGUCUCACAGCAUGGCGACCACAGCUGGCGCUCUUCUGCGGCCGAGUGCCCCUGCACAUGGACCUAAUGCGCGGGGAGUGGGUAUCAGACCCUCGUGGCGCCCCCAGCUGCCCAGGGAGCAAUGAGGAGAUCUUGCAGUACUGCAGACAGAUGUAUCCUGAACUGCAGAUCACGGGGGUGACGGAGGCCGCGCAGCCGGUCACGGUGGCGAACUGGUGUCAGAAACAGAAGCCGGAGUGCAAACGUCGCCUGCAUAUCGUGGUCCCGUAUCUGUGUCUGGUGAACGAAUUCGUCAGCGAUGCUCUCCUGGUACCCGACAAGUGCCGCUUCCUCCACCGGGAGCAGAUGGACCUGUGCGAGAGUUACCAGCACUGGCACGAGACAGCCCGCACGGCCUGCGCCAACGAAGACCUGGAUCUGCACAGUUACGGGAUGCUGUUGCCCUGCCGUCCGGACAGAUUCCGCGGCGUGGAGUACGUGUGCUGCCCUGUCCGUGCGCCCCACCAGGCAGAGCCCACAAAGGGUCACCCUGUUACUGAGAUACAGCCGCAGGACACAGAGAAAGGAUACGACGUGGAGAUUGAAGACGACGCUGUCGACAUCAUAGACGGCGGAGGAGAGGACACCGCCGAAGCCACCCCAGACCAGCACCCACCCAUAUGGGACGAUUAUUUUGUGAGAAGUGGCUACGAGGACGAAACAACCAGUAGCGCGCCCACCCUUCCACCAGAGGUCAAAGUUUCCCGCCCCACCGAUGGGGUAGAUAUCUACUUUGAGUCCCCGCGGGACGGAUCUGAACACGCCAACUUCCUGCGAGCAAAGAUGGAACUGGAGGAAAGGCGCAUGAAACAGAUUAAUGAGGUGAUGAAGGAAUGGGCGGAGGCAGACAACCAGGCCAAAAAUCUACCCAAGUCUGACCGCCAGGCCCUUAAUGAGCACUUCCAGUCCAUCUUGCAGACCCUGGAGAGUCAGAUUUCCGCUCAGCGGCAACGUCUGGUGGAAACGCACCUGGGACGUGUGGUUGCAGCGCUCAAUGAUAACCGCAGGGCGGCACUGGAGAACUACUUGGCAAGCGUACAGACCCCGCCCUUAGAUCCAGAACGAGUUCUUCUGGCCCUGAAGAGAUACAUACAUGCUGAGCAGCGGGACCAGCGCCAUACAGUGCGCCACUAUCAGCACGUGAGCAGCGCAGAACCGGACAGAGCCGAGACCAUCCAGUUCCAGGUUUUAACCCACCUGCGUGUCAUUGAAGAACGAGUGAACCAAUCUCUGUCACUGCUGUAUCGGAACCCCCAGCUGUCUCCGGAGCUACGUGACCAGAUCGAGAGCUGGCUGCACACGGAGUGGGUGGGAGCCGGAGACCUCCUCAGCUCAACACAGAAGAAGCUGAGUGAAGACACAGACUACCCUGAGAUUAGAGUGCCGCCCCAAUCCUCUGCCGAGACAUCUCAAGGAGAGGACUCCCAGCAGAUAGAAAGGAAAGGCUCAGCAGUCUGGGACAUGUACUCAGAUUUGCCCCCUAGCGAGAGGACAAUUACUUUCCCUGGACAGAAGGAUAAUGGAUCAGUGAAACAAGUACACUACCAGUCAGAAGAUAUCCAACGUGAUGAACUGGAACCGGACACCCUGGUGACGUUUAACCGAGGAGCUCUGAUUGGUCUGCUGGUGGUGGCGGUUGCCGUGGCUAUGGUUAUAAUCAUCAGCCUCCUACUCAUCCGACGCAAGCCCUAUGGGACCAUCAGUCAUGGAAUAAUAGAGGUGGAAGCUUCCAGGAACCCAGAGGACAAACACCUGAGCAAGAUGCAGAACCAGGGAUACGAGAAUCCAACCUACAGAUACCUGGAAGAGAACAACUGAGCGCCAGUCUGGGGGGAGUUGGCGGGUCCAUUUAUUUUGGGUACAGGGGAGAGACUUUAAUUUGGGGGAGGUACAAUAUGGGUUGGGGGUGGGGAUACGAACAUACAGGGAAUAUUUACUAAAAGGGAGCGACCAAAACGUCCAAGAAGAAUAUUUGAUCCCCCCCCCUCCCCCUUCCUUUGAGCUACACACAAGAACCACGUCUCAUCUGGGAUCAAGAUUAAAGGUUACCCAACAGUAGGGUAAGGGUCAUACGUGGGACACAACAGGUUAAAGUUUUAGUCUCUCUCCCCUGGAAAUGCACUUAAAUUAUUUAUGACUUAGAAGGGAAAAGAGACCAUACAGCAUUAACCUAUUGUAGCGGGAUAUCUCCCAACUGGAAUUCGCCUUGUAAUGUAACAGCCGCCCCCUCCCCCACCCCUGCUAAUGACAUUCUCAUACUGCAGAAAAACCAGCAACAAGAGGGGAUUUAAUAUAUACUGACCGCGUCCAGCUCUGUCACACAACCACUAUCUGCUGCUUUAUAAUUUAUUUCUUAUUAACGACGCGCUCUGGUUGGCGGCAGUUGCCGACCACCAGUCUUACCCCUUACCUCCCCCCGACUUACAAAUAACAUCUGAUCUAUAACCCCCACGAACCCCUUCCAAUCUACCGGCGGCAAAGAGUCCUCUCCUCGAGCGUUCUGAACAGAUCCAGAUUUCCUUUUUAACAACACGAUUUUAUUUUAUGUACUGGAUCGACCAAUGUCAUUACAUUACCAGAGCAAAGUUAAGGCAAUCCUUGAGCCUGGCCUGUUAGGUGGGUUUGGAUUUUAAAUGCUCACACCACCUGUGUAGCGCGCAGGCAGCCAUCUUGUUUAAGCCUAGAUAGCAUUCAUGAAAAGCGGUUCAUAAAUUACUGAACAGGUGGGUAAUAUUCCAAAGAAUAUACAGUCUAAAUUGGGGCGACAUACAUCCCUGCACGCAAACCCCCCAAUUCUGUAUGUGGCCCGCCACCCUUAAAGGGGCCACGAAUUGGCCACAACUGAGAGGAAUGAUAUUAGUCAGGGUUCAUGGAAUUGUUGAGGGUGAUAGGCGUACAUUAAUAUUAAACAUGAAGGGACAAAGGACGAGAGAUAAGGCCGGUGAUUCACACCUACAGAAGCCGUGGCACUUUAUUCCCCGCCUGAAACUUACCGCCGUGUCCGACACUUCAUCGCACAUCAUGGACCGCACUGGCCCCAUCCCUAGAGAGCCACGUGUACGGGAGAGGUCUGUUGUAUAUACACGUGUGUACAUAAGUGUUUUAGAUCAGACGCAAAAUGCUUUUUAUUUGUUUUUUUUUAUUUUGCCAUUUCUUUUACUCACCCACCUCCCCCAAAAAAUAACCGCAUUCCUUUCUCCAGAGACAGGGCCAUAUCCAAAACGGAAGACAUCGCUCCGUAUUGCUUAGUUUUUAGAAGUCUAAGGGGGGAAAUUUACCAAAGCUUCGAAAACAGAGAAUUGGUGAUGCUGCCCUUAGCAACCAAUCAGAUGCUGUCUAUCAUUUCUCUAUUGCCUUUUAGAAAAUGAUAGACAGCAUCUGAUUGGUCGCUAUGAAUAACAUCACCAAUUAUCUGUUUUAGACGCUUAAGUACAUUUACCCCAAAGUGGUUUAAGCAUCAGCGUAAUAAGCAGGCCGGAGAACCCACGGCGCGACUGCAGGCCGCAAUUUUCCUGUCACUCGUGUUUUCUAACCCCGGUUACUAAUGGUCGGGCUUUUUAUCACGCAUACUAGGCAGCGGCGUAGAGCGUGUUUGUAGUUUAAGGGCACACCUAAACCCUAACCCCAGUUUUAUUAUCAUGCAUCGGCACUGCAGCACACGUGAUAAACGGAUCCCGAGUUACUGCGCGUCCGAUGACGUAGACUUCCGCGGCUCUACACGGAGAACUGAUGCCUGUGAUUAGAUGAGAAACAGUGCAUGUCCAUUACUGUACUUGUUAACAUUUUAUAAUUACAAUUUCCAGGAACACUGUGUGGUGGGUGGGGGGGGGGGGGAGGGGGGAGUCACCUGUACGUCACACGCUGUGUAGUCCGGGUGGGCACUGCGUUUGCAGACAGGACUGCUGGAUAGAAUCAUAAUAAAAUGAUGUUGUAUUUUAAAUUGUCAUCAUCAAUAAAUAUUAACUUAAAGAA